UGACUAAAGUAUGAUAAAGUUAUGUACUUAAAAAGGUGGUCAAAGUUGGAUAUAUGUUGAUACAAAUAAUUCAAUAAAGUUUGAUUCCUAAAAAUGGGGGAAGUUAUGGCUAAUAUUUAUCGUGAUGAUCUUUUUUUGGAGAAAGGUUGUGAUAUAUGGAUGGAUAAUCAAUCUUCUGCUUUACUUUUUGAGAAAUCCAAAAUAUCUACCCUUCGAGGUGAACGUGAAAAUGUCCAAAAAAAGACUUUUACAAAAUGGGUCAAUUCUCAUUUGCAAAAAGUUGAGGCUCACAUUAAUGACUUAUAUCACGAUUUUCAAGAUGGUCGCCAACUUAUACUGUUAUUAGAAAUACUUUCAGCAACUAAAUUACCACGUCCAAGCAAAGGUCGAAUGAGGAUUCACUUCCUUGAGAAUGUGGAGCAUGCUUUAACUUUUUUAAAGAAGAAGGAAGUUCAGCUCACUAAUAUCGGAAACCAUGAUAUCGUUGAUGGAAAUCCAAAAAUUACAUUAGGGUUGAUCUGGACAAUCAUAUUAAGAUUUCAGAUUCAAGAUCUAAUGAUUGAAACAGAUUCUUUAGAGCAGAGAUCUGCAAAAGAUGCUCUUCUUCUUUGGUGUCAAUCAAAAGUACAAGGUUAUCCAAAUGUAAAUGUCACAAAUUUUACAACAAGUUGGAGAGAUGGUUUUGCUUUCAAUGCUAUUAUUCACAAGCACAGACCAGAUUUAAUUGAUAUGAAAAAGCUGGUUAAAGAAGAACCUAUUAAAAAUUUGAAUAUGGCAUUUUCUACAGCAGAACGAGAGCUUGGUGUUUUUCCUCUACUUGAUGCUCCAGAUGUUUGUGUUGACUUCCCUGAUGAAAAGUCAAUAAUGACUUAUGUUGCGACUUUCUAUCAGUAUUUCUCUAAAAUGAAACAAGUAGAGGUUUCUGGCAGUCGCAUACAAAAUGUAAUCAAACAAGUCGUAGACAAUGAAAAUUUAAUAAAAAAGUACGAGUGCUUAAGUGAGGCUUUAAUGGAAUGGAUUCAAGCUCGCAUUCUUAUUCUUCAGAAUCAUUCUUUCGGAAACACAUUACUUGCUGUGCAACAACAACUAACAGAGUUUAAUUUGUAUAGAACACAAGAAAAGCCACCAAAGUAUGUUGACAAAGGCAAUAUUGAGGUAUUAAUGUUCGAGAUUACAAGUAAGCUUCGAUUAAAUCACCAAAAAAUGUACAAUCCCCCAGAAUCUUUAAUGGUAAAUGAAAUUAAUAAAGCUUGGCAACAACUUGAAAAAGAAGAACACAGUUGUGAGGUUGCUUUGAGAAAAGAACUUAUUCGACAACAGCAGCUUGAACAACUUGCAAGUCGGUUUUCACGAAAAGCAAAGCUUCGUGAGACUUGGCUCAAAGAAAAUAGCAAACUAUUGCAAAUGGAUAACUUUGGAAAUGAUUUGCCAUCUGUUGAAGCCUCUGUGAAAAAACAUGAAGCAAUUGAUACAGACAUUAAAGCAUAUGAGUCAAGAGUUGUUGGCCUUUUUCUUUUAUGUGAUCAAUUAAAAAAAGAAAACUAUCACAAAAUUGAGUUUUUUAUGCAAUGGACAAACCAAAUUAAAGUGAAUUGGGAACAGCUUUUAAUAUUACUUAAAUUUCGAAGUUCAAGACUUGAAAAACAUCUUCAAAUUUAUAAAAUUUUUCAAGAAAUGAUUUAUAUCAAUGAUUGGAUGAAUGACAUUAAGACUGCUCUUCAAUCUGAAGAUUUCGGAAAACAUCUUGUAAGUGUAGAAGACCUUCUGCAAAAACAUAGUUUGCUUGAAGCAGAUAUCUCUGUCCAAUCAGAUCGAGUUAAAUCAACUAAUAAUAAUGCUGAUAUAUUUUUAGAAACAGUUUUAAAAGAUGAAGCAGAUGGAUAUAAAGCAAAUAUUGAAGUUAUAAAAUCCAACCAAAGUGACUUACUGAGAAACUAUACAAAUUUGUGCAAUUUAUCAUCGGAAAGAAAACAGCGAUUAGAAGAAUCUCUACAGCUGCACACAUUUUAUAGAGACCUUGAAGAAGAAGAUAUAUGGCUUAGUGAAAAAGACUAUUUUGUUUCUUCAACAGAAUAUGGUCAUGAUCUUUGUACGACAGCAUAUUUGUUACAUCAACAUAAGACUUUAGAGGAAGAGCUGGCAGCCAAAAGACAACAAACUGAUGCUUUAUUUAAACAUGGAAAUGUAUUAGUUGCUAACAUGCCAUAUGCUACAGCAAGAAUAAAUGAGUUGUCACAAAAAUUAAAGGAAAAAUGGAAGUCUGUUGAUGAUGCUUCAAAAGAGCGUUGUAAAAAACUUAAAGAAGUGUUAAAUCUCCAUCAAUUUUUUAGUGAUUGUCGAGAAAUAGAGGCAGAUAUGAACGAGUUUGAGGCUCCAGUUGCAAACGAUGAUUGGGGACAAGAUGAACAAUCAGUUGGUGAAUUAAUAAGAAAUUAUGAGAAGCUUCACAAUGAAGUUCUUACUUUGGAGAAUUCAAUCAAAUCUGUCGAAGAACUUAGAACAAGUUCACUAGAAAAAGAGGUUCAAGAAUCUCCUGAAGUUCUAAAUGCUAUUGAUAGACUGAAAGAACACUUUCUCACUCUGCAAAGCAAAAUUGAUAUACGAAUGAAAAAGUUAAAUGAAUGUUUUGCCCUAUUCAAAUUGUAUAGUGAAGCAGAUAUUGUAAGAUCUUGGGUUACUGAGAAUAGCUCGCAACUCAAGACAUAUUUAAAAUUGGAGCGCUCUUAUGAUUUAGAACGAUGUACUAUUGUUCAACAUAAGUUUGAAGGAUUUGAACAGGAGUUGACUGUAUAUAAAGAAAGAAUGAAAGCGGUUAAUGAUAUGGCUGAUAAAAUACUUCAAACUGACUCUGAUGCAUCCCAACAGUUCUCGGAAAGAAUCGGGAACCUAAACAGCAUGUGGGAUUCAUUAUUGCAUGAAGCUGAUGCGAAGAAAAAAGAACUCAAUGCAUGUUUGCUCAUUCAAACUAUUUAUAGUGAAUUUACUGAAACUCAGAGCUGGAUUGUAGAAAAAACUGGUUUACUUGCAUCAGUUGAAGAUCCUGGAGCUGAUUUAUCAAGUGUUAUUGCUUUACAACGUCGACUGCUCAGUAUCGAACGUGACAUUGCUUCACUACCUUUAAAGAUGCAAGAUCUUCACUCUAGAGCGGUUAGUCUCUCAAAAGAAUACCCUGAAGAAGCCAUAAGUAUUCAAGCCAGAUUUGAUGACAUGCAGUCCGCUUGGGAAAAUCUUUCAAAAAUGGUUAAAGAAAAAAAUGAGUUUUUAUUAGAAACUGGGGAGCUCAAACGUUUUAUAAUUUCUCUUGAUGAAUUUCUUUCUUGGUUGCAACAUAUAUCAGAGGCUUGUUCUUCAGAAGAUUUACCUCAAAGUGUAUCUGAAAAUGAGUCAUUGUUAGAUGCUCAUUUUGAGAUAAAGACUAUAAUCGAGCAACAUGUUGAUGAUUACAACUUGUUAGUUUCUGAAGGUCCAAAGUAUAUUCACGAUGAUCAUAAUGUUCUUCAGACUCAGUCAUUACGACAACAAAUGAGUGAUUUGAGAGAUGAUUGGACACGACUCCAUGAAUUAUGGCAUGCAAGGAAGAUUUUACUUGAGCAGAGCAUGAAUCAUCAACUUUUUUUACGAGAUUCUAAACAAAGUGAAGCUAUACUUGGACAGCAGGAACUCUUUUUGUCUAAACAACGUACUACUCCUACUGCAGAUGCAUUGCAAGAGGAGAUUAAGAAGUUAGAAGAGUAUUUCAAUAAGAUGGCCACUCAUGAUGAUAAAAUUAAUCAUCUUUUGAUAUUUGCUGAACAACUUUGUCAAAAUAAUCACUAUGCUAAAGAAAAGAUUGUGGAAAAGGCUAAUUGCAUUGAUGAAUGUCGUAAGAAAAAUCGAGACCUAGCUGAAAAUCUGCUUGCUGAGCUUUUGCAAGAUUUGCAGCUAAAACAGUUUCUUGAGGAUUCAAGUGAGGUAAUAGACUGGAUGAAUGAACGUUUACAAUCAGCAUCAGAUGAAUCAUAUAAGGAAAAUACAAACAUUAGAAGUAAGCUCAUAAAACAUACAGUGUUUGAAGCUGAACUUGAUGCUAAUAAAGUAAAAAUGGAUAUUUUAAAAGAGAAUGGCCAAGAUAUAAUUAAAUCAAAUCCAAAUUCAAUGCAAGUUGUUAAGGAGCGCUUAGAAAAUAUUGAUGCAUUGUGGGAAAAAUUAAACAAAACAUCAAAAGAAAAGAGAAUGUAUUUAACAGAAGCUAGUCGUCAGCAACAGUUUAAUGCAGAGAUUGUAAACCUUGACAAAUGGAUCAUUGAAAUUGACAAUCAAGUUACUGAUAGUGAAACUGGUACCGAUAUAGUAUCAGCCAGAGAACUUUUUGACAAACACAAAAGUAUUGAGUCCGAUGUUUCCUUCAAGAAACAUAGAAUGAUUGAUCUUUGUGCAAACCCAGAAGUUGAUGAAGAAAAGAUUGUGGCUGAAAAAAGGACAAUGGAAGAAAGGUUCCAAUCCUUAGAGAAGCAUUUAGCAGAGAAGAGGGAGAUUUUAGAAAAUUCUCUCAACUAUUAUCAAUACAAGCGUGAUGUUGAAGAUGCUCAAGUAUGGAUUGAUGAAGUUGAGUUAACACUGCAAUCGAAAAAUUUUGGAAAUCGAUUACAUGAUGUUCAGCGUUCAAAAAAACGACAUUUGAUACUAUGCAAUAAAAUUAGUUGUUAUGAACCUUUUAUAGUAUCAAAAAUUGAUCAUGGUAAUGCCAUGAUUACAGAAAAUCACCCAAGAUCCAAUGAAAUAGAAUUGCUUAAAUCUACUUUAAGCGCGAAAUGGAACUGUUUAAAAGAUCUGUCUAAUGAGUAUCAAGCUAAUCUUGAUGAGGCUUUAGUUGCAAAGCAGUUUUUUUUUGAUGCUGCAGAAGCAGAGUCUUGGUUAAGUGAAAAAGAACUGUUUUUAAUUGGCGAUGAUCGAGGUAAAGACCAAGAGCAAGUUCAAAACAUGAUAAAAAGUCAUAUAGCUCUUGAAAAUACAAUUGCACUUUAUGCAGAUACUGUUGCAGAAUCUGCAACUACUGUGCAGGGUCUUAUUACACGUAAUCAUCCUGAGAGUGAAGCUGCACAACUGAAACAAGCGAGACUAGAACAACUUUAUUUGCAUAUAAAAGAGUUAGUAAGUGAACGGCGGGACAAACUUGAUGAGAAUUUAAAACUUUUCCUUUUCCAACGAGAAGUACAGGACCUAGAAUCAUGGAUUGCUGACAGAGAGGUGAUAGCAAGCUCUCAAGAUAUUGGACAAGAUUAUGAUCAAGUACAGAUGUUAGAAGAAAGAUUUGCACGUUUUUCAAAUGAGACUAGAGUAACCGGCAAAGAUAGAUUGCUCACUGUUAAUGCUGUAGUGGAUCUGUUAAUAGCUGCAGGACAUUCAGACUCUGCAAUCAUAUCUGAAUGGAAAGACAAACUAAAUCGAUUAUGGGACUGCUUGUUGGAGCUUCUUGAUACAAGAAAAGAACUUUUAGUUGCAGGUCAUGAAUACCACAGAUUUUUUCACAUAGCUAAAGAAACAUUGAGCUUAAUAGAUGAAAAAGAAAAAACUAUUACAGAGGAUUUAGGAAGAGACCAGCAGUCUGUUUAUACGCUUCAAAGAUAUCAUAAAGCAUUCGAAUCUGAUCUGAAGCCUUUAGGGCUGCAAGUUGAAGGUAUCCAUGUUUUUGCUUCAAAAUUAAAGCUGAGCUAUGCUGGUAACCCCCACAACAUGAUUAUUGAUAAAGAAGCCGAAGUUGUAAAAGCUUGGCAAAAUUUGCUACAGCGUGUCAGUGUUCGUGGAUUAAGGCUUGAGCAGUCAAAUGUGUACCAAGAGUGGUUGAUGCAAGUCCAAGAUCUUUUACUUUGGAUUCAAGACAUUAGAAUGCAGAUAGAAUCUGAUGAUAAACCAAAGGACAUACCAGAUUGUGACCACAUCAUGAGCAUUCAUCAGGGACGCAAAUCAGAAAUGGAUACAAAAGAGGAAAAGUUCAAUAAUGUUUUUAAAGUAGCAAAUGAACUCUCUGAAUUUUUUUAUAUAAAAGAAAAGGUUGAAAAUUUGCGUGAGAAAAAAACAAUGCUUGAAGAAGAAUGGGAUGUUCAUUGGGAAGAUCUCCAAUUAACAUCUGAGGUUAUGCAAUUUGCAAGAGAAGCUCACUUAGCCGAAGAAUGGGUUAUUCAAAAUGGUCACUUUAUUUCUGGAAAAGAGUUUGAUAGUUUAUCAGUGGAUGAAAUAAUGAAACUUAUUGAAAAACAUUCAAACUUUGAACAUUUGCUAUCUAAUCAACAGGAGCGUUUUCAUGCCUUAGAACGUCUAACAACGUUUGAAUUAAGAAAUGCCAGACAAAAGCAGGUUGAAGCUGCUAAAAGAGAAAAAGAAGAAAAAGAACGAAUUGAACGAGAACUUGCAGAAAUUAAACAGUUGGAACUUGAAGCUCAAAGGAUAAAAGAACAAAACGAAAGAAUGAUUCAAGAAGAAGAUAUUCUAAUUCAGCAAGUUUCAGUCCCGAUAACGGAAUCAACUCCUCCAUCAUCACCAUCUCAACUGUCACCUCAUCCCAUUGUUAAUGAAAAUGGUAAUACAAAUAAAAUGAAUGGAAACGAGAUAAAAAUGAAGGGUUUAAUUUUAAGAAAACCCACUAAGGAAGCUCAAAAUAAGAAAGCACACCAGAGGGUUUGGAAAGAGUACUAUGCAGUUUUGAAAAACUAUUUUUUAUUUUUUUACAAGGAUGAGCAAGAUGCUUUGCAGGGUGUUAAUUUGCAAUCCGAAUUCAAUCUGAGCGAGAGUCAGGUAGAAGUGGCUUCAGAUUACCACAAGAAAAAAUAUACGUUCCGAAUAAAACUAUCAAAUGGAUGCGAGUAUUUAAUAAAUGCGAAGUCUGUUGACGAAAUGUCACUUUGGAUACAAAAUAUAAGAGGAAAUACAAUUGACACAAGUAUAACCAAUGAAGAUUCUAGAAAAAGGCUGUCAAUGAUGAAUAGUCCACAGAUCUCUUCAAUUCCUAAUCAACAAGACGAAGUUCAAAAGAAAGACAAGGAAAAAAAGAGGAGUAGCACUUCAUUGUUUAAAAUAAGAAAAGCUGGAAAACCGUGAACCUAUUGAAUGGCUUUGUUUUUCCGCUGAGCUUUUUUUUUUGCGAUUUUUUGCUAUUUAUGCAAAAAAAAAGUUAGAAACACUAUAUUCAAA